CAGGGUAGGAGCGGGUGUUCGUAAAAGAAAACAGCGGGAGGCGUGAUCGUGAGGAGCUGUGUGUCCGGACAAGUUCCUGAGACAACAUCAGGAAACACAACCCGAAGAAACACAGCUACGCUGCCACCCCGUUACCCCGAACCACAGGUAACACCUACAGUGAUUCUGGACGUUGUGCUUGCAGCCGGCUAAGAAGAACGGCUCAGUUCCCUGAUAGAAUUCAAGCUAACAUGCUAACUCUGUAGACUAGUCGCCGAGCUUCACCCUCGUUGGUUGAACCCUCCGCUUCUCUGGUGUUUUGAAAAGUUUCGCUCCUGCCGUGAGAAUGUGUGGAAGAACCGCGUGCACUUUGGCUCCGGACGAGGUGAGCCGAGCCUGCUCCUACAGGACCCGGGGAGGGCAGCGCAGACAGCCCCGCUGGAGGGAUGGAGAUGCUGACAAAUACCGACCUUCCUACAACAAGAGCCCCCAGACCAUGAACCCCGUCCUGCUGUCCCAGAGGCAUUUCGACAAGGAUGCUCCUGUGGAUGAGUGUGUGUUGGCCUCCAUGCGCUGGGGUCUCGUACCUGCUUGGUUCAAUCAGGGAGAUCCGAGCAAGAUGCACUACAACACCAGCAACUGUCGCAGUGAGAGCAUACUGGAGAAGAAAUCCUACAAGCACCCCCUGAAUAACGGACAGCGCUGCGUCAUCCUGGCUGAUGGGUUUUAUGAGUGGAGGCGGGAGGAGAAGAACAAGCAGCCUUUCUUUAUCUACUUCCCUCAGACUCCGGCAGGAUCUAGUCAGGAUCAGGGUGACCUCCCGACCUUGGCUCGCAGUGAGGAGACUUCAGAGAUGGGAGGGGAAGAAGCACCAUGUGAAUGGACAGGCUGGAAGUUGCUGACUAUGGCUGGACUGUUUGACUGCUGGACACCUCCUGGUGGUGAAGAGCCCCUUUAUAGUUACAGUAUAAUCACUGUGGAUGCUUCCCCAAACCUGCAAAGUAUCCAUGAUAGGAUGCCAGCUAUCCUGAACGGCGAAGAGGAAGUGAGAAGAUGGCUUGACUUUGGGAAGGUGAAGUCUCUCGACGCCCUAAAACUGCUCAAGUCUAAAAACAUUCUGACUUUUCAUCCCGUCUCAUCACUCGUCAACAAUUCGCGCAACAACUCUCCCAAGUGCCUCCAGCCUGUGGAUCCAGGCAGUAAAAAGGAGACCAAACCCACAGCUAGCAGUCAGAAGAUGAUGAGCUGGCUGAAGAGCAGCUCAACCUCAAAGAGGAAGGAGUCGGACACUCGUGAGAAUGAAGAGCAAGAAAGAAAGAAAGAGACUCAGCAGAAGUCUAAAGGAGGUCUACAGCAUAAGAAACAAAGAACCAAGUACUGAAAACUGCAUAUUUGAUAACCAUUUAGUUCUCAUUGAAUCUACGUUACUGUUUUUAAAGGCAUGAGAAACAUUGUAUGUUAAGGUUUUUGCUAAUGCUAGUAAAUAUCUUUAAUGUAGUAAAUGUGUUUCACAGAUAUGACUAAUAGUUCAGUAUUUCAUUAAUGUCAGAAAUAAACAGUGCUUUAUUCAAGAUUUUUAUUACCCUUAUUACUUGAAACGCAAAGACAUUGAAACAAUGUAGAUCCUAUGCAUUUAUCAUAUUAAUAAUAAUUAUGAUGAAUGCCAAUAGCCCCCCGUGUUUUUUUUCCUCUUUUCAAAGUUGUAUGUAAUCUUUAAUGAAUUUCAAAGUUUUAACACCAACAGAUUGGUUAAGAGAUGUCAAGCACUUUAACUGUUCGCCAACACGAGCAAGUCAGAUAUGGAGAUUUACAACACAACCUUUUCAGCUUUCCCCCAACCAUGGUCGAGAGGUUUGCAAAUAUACAAAGUCUUGCAAUAGUUGACAGUAAAAAGAAACGUACUAGCUAAUAGUACUCGGUUAUGAGUGAUAUUUAUACUUGAGAAAACUCUCCUCUCCAGGACCGUCAGGUAGAAGGACAUGCUGUCUCGAUUUGGUUCAUUUCAUGUCAAAUGUUGUACCAAGAACAUAGUAAAAGACAAACCUUCAUUUUCUCCAAUAGAGGAACAGCAAUAUGUUAGUGACAGCACUUUACACCAAGGAUUCUGGAUAAACAUGAUGUCCUCAGCCUGAGCUACAACUGCAAAUGUAUUGUGGCUCCAAAAUGAGAUGAGUGAACAAGUCUUCGGUUACUGUUCAAAAAAA